AUGCUUGCACCUGGGCUGCUGCUGCUUCUGUGCUGCGGGGGGGCCCUGCUCGGCGCUGGUCUGGAUGAUGCCUCCUCCGCCAGCCCGGGCCCCUGGAGGCUGGAGGACUCUCCACAGAUAGACCCGGACAGGGGCUGGUGCUCCACGUGGGGCGCCAGCCACUUCUCCACCUUCGACCACCACGUGUACGACUUCUCGGGGACGUGCAACUACGUCUUCGCGGCCACCUGCAAGGACGCCUCCCCCACCUUCAGCGUCCAGCUGCGGCGAGGGCCGGACGGGAACGUCUCCCGGAUCAUCGUGGAGCUGGGGGCCUCUGUGGUCACCGUGAGCGAGGCGGCCAUCUCAGUCAAGGACGUCGGAGCCGUCAGCCUGCCCCACACCAGCAACGGGCUGCAGAUCGCGCCCUUCGGCCAGAGCGUGCGACUGGUGGCCAAGCAGCUGGAGCUAGAGCUGGAGGUCGUGUGGGGCCCCGACGCCCACCUCAUGGUCCUGGUGGAAAGAAAGCACGGGGGCCAGCUGUGUGGGCUGUGCGGGGACUUCAAUGGGAAUGCCACCGACGAGUUCCUGAGCGAGGAGGGCAAACUCCUGGAACCCCACGAGUACGCAGCCCUGCAGAGGAUGGACGACCCGGGCGAGAUCUGCACCUACGAGGCCGUCCCCAGGCCCCCCGUCCCGCAGGCGGAGCUCGCCGGGAUCUGCAGCCAACUGCUGGCCCUGGUGUCCCCUGAGUGCGACGUGCCCAAGGAGCCGUUCGUGCGGACCUGCCAGGCGGACAUGGCCGCGGCGGCCCAGAACGGCAGCUGCGCCACGCUGUCCGAGUACUCCCGCCGCUGCAGCAUGGCUGGCCAGCCCGUCAGCCGCUGGCGGGGCCCCGGCCUCUGCUCCCUGGGCCCGUGCCCGGCCAACCAGGUGUACCAGGAGUGCGGUGCGGCCUGCGCCAGGACCUGCUCCAACCCGCAGCACCACUGCUCCGGCUUCUGUGCCUUUGGCUGCUUCUGCCCGGAAGGUACGGUCCUCAACGACCUCUCCCAAAACGACACCUGCGUGCCAGUCGCUCAGUGCCCCUGCCUGCUCAACGGGGCUCUCUACGCCCCCGGGGAGGUCACCACCACCGCCUGCCGAACCUGCCGCUGCACCUCGGGCCGCUGGACAUGCACGGAGCGGCCGUGCCCCGGCCACUGCUCGCUGGAAGGCGGCUCCUUCGUCACCACGUUCGACGCCAGGCCCUACCGCUUCCAUGGCACCUGCACCUACAUCCUCCUCCAGAGCCCCCGGCUCCCCGACGAGGGCACCCUCCUGGCCGUGUACGACAAGUCCGGGUACUCGCACUCGGAGACCUCCCUGGUCGCUGUCAUCUACCUGACUGGGCAGGACAAGAUCGUGAUCUCUCAGGACGAGCUGAUCACCAACAACGGAGACGCCAAGUGGCUGCCAUACAAGACCCGCAACAUCACGGUCUUCAGGCAGACGUCCACCCACCUCCAGGUGGCCACCACCUUCGGGCUGGAGCUCGUGGUCCAGCUGCAGCCCAUCUUCCAGGUGUACGUCACCGUCGGGCCCCAAUUCAGAGGCCAGACCAGAGGGCUCUGCGGCAACUUCAAUGGGGACACAACUGACGACUUCAUGGCCAGCGUGGGCAUCGCCGAGGGCACCGCCUCACUCUUCGUGGACUCCUGGAGGGCGGGGAACUGUCCGGCCGCGCUGGAGCGAGAGACUGACCCCUGCUCCAUGAGCCAGCUCAACAAGGUGUGUGCGGAGACCCACUGCUCGGUGCUGCUGAGGAAGGGCACGGUGUUCGAGAGGUGCCACGCCGUGGUGAACCCCACGCCCUUCUACAAGAGGUGCGUGUACCAGGCCUGCAACUACGAGGAGACCUUCCCCCACAUCUGCGCCGCGCUCGGCAGCUACGCCCACGCGUGCUCCUCGCGGGGUGUCCUGCUCUGGGGCUGGAGGAGCAGCGUGGACAACUGCACUGUUCCUUGCUCCGGCAACCGCACAUUCAGCUACGACAGCCGAGCCUGCGGCCACACCUGCCUAUCCCUGUCGGACCGCGCGGCCGAGUGCCACCCAAGCGCAGUGCCUGUGGACGGCUGCAACUGCCCCGAGGGCACCUAUCUGGACCACAGAGGCGAGUGUGUGCGCAGGGCCCAGUGCCCCUGCCUGGAGAGCGGCAAGCUGGUCCUGGCAGAGCAGUCCACCGUGGUCAACGGCGCCGUCUGCCUCUGCAUCAACGGGCGGCUGAGCUGCCCUGGGCGGUCCCAGCUGUUCUCGGCUGCCUGCUCGGCCCCCAAGACGUUCGAGUCCUGCGGCCAGUCCUCAGAGAACGAGUUCGGAGCAGCGUGUGCCCCCACGUGCCAGAUGCUGGCCACCGGUGUCGCCUGCGUGCCGACGAAGUGCGAGCCCGGCUGCGUCUGUGCCGAGGGGCUCUACGAGAACGCGGACGGGCAGUGUGUGCCCCCUGAGGAGUGCCCGUGCGAGUUCGCGGGGGUCUCCUACCCUGGGGGCGCUGAGCUCCACGCUGACUGCAGGACCUGCACCUGCUCGAGGGGAAAGUGGACGUGCCAGGACAGCGCCCACUGCCCAUCCACCUGUGCCCUCUACGGGGAGGGCCACGUGGUCACCUUCGAUGGCCAGCGCUUUGUGUUCGACGGCAACUGCGAGUACAUCCUGUCCACGGACGGCUGUGGCGCCAACGCCUCACAGCCCACCUUCAAGAUCCUGACGGAGAACGUCAUCUGCGGGAGGUCAGGGGUCACGUGCUCCCGGGCCAUCAAGAUCUUCCUGGGGGGCCUGUCCAUCGUGCUGGCGGACAGCAACUACACGGUCACGGGGGACAACCCCCACGUGCACCUCCGCGUGCAGCCGGACGCCCUGCACCUCGUUCUGGACAUCGGUGUACCGGGAAGAUACAAUCUGACGCUUGUCUGGAACAAGCACAUGACCGUCUUCAUUAAGCUCCACCGCGCCUCCCAGGACGCCCUCUGUGGCUUGUGUGGCAACUACAACGGGAACAUGAAAGACGACUUUGAGACGCGCAGCCAGUACGUGGCCUCCAGCGAGCUGGAGUUCGUGAACUCGUGGAAAGAGAGUCCCCUGUGCGGGGAUGUGAGCUUCCUGGUGGAGCCCUGCAGCCUCAACGCCUUCCGCCGCUCCUGGGCCGAGCGCAAGUGCAGCCUCAUCAACAGCCAGACCUUUGCGGCCUGCCACAGCAAGGUGUACCACAUGCCCUACUAUGAGGCCUGUGUGCGCGACACGUGCGCCUGCGACACGGGCGGGGACUGCGAGUGUCUGUGCGACGCUGUGGCCGCCUAUGCCAAAGCCUGCCUGGACAAGGGCGUCUGCGUGGACUGGAGGACCCCCACCUUCUGCCCUAUCUACUGCGACUACUACAACACGCACACGCAGGUGGGCAGCAGUGGCGAAUACCAGUACACGCCAAAAGCCAACUGCACGUGGCACUACCAGCCCUGCCUCUGCCCCGGCCGGCCAGACAGCCUCUCGGUCACCAACAUCGAAGGCUGCUACAAUUGCUCCCAGGACGAGUACUUCGACCACGAGGAAGGGGCGUGUCUGCCCUGUGCGCCGCCCACCACGCCGCAGCCGCCCACCGCGACGCAGCCGCCCACCACAGGUGACCGCAUGCACACUAGAAUCUCCUACAACCACCAUGGCUGUCACCACACACAUCACACCAGCGCCAGCCAGCACAGCCAAAAGACCCACAGUGACUCAGGGCACAAACCAUCCCACAGCAUCCUCUCCAAGUCCAGCCACGCAGUCCACAGAUCAGCCCACAGCCCAGACGACAGUGACACGAAAAACUGCGUCAAUGUCAGAGACCAGCUCAAGUCCGGGCACCCGAGCCCCACCCAGGUGCCCACCUCCACGCUCACAACCACCUCCUUCACUCCGCAUGGAAGCACAUCUGCCCCUGCCUCCUCCUCUUCUCCGGUCAUUCCUCCACCCAGCACAUCUGGUCCUGGGUCCAGCAAACUGGAGACGCCCGUGCUCACAGGGCGGAGUCCAGGCCCAGGAAGGGGCACAGGGAACCAGGGGGCCUGCAGUGUGCAGGAACAUCAGGAGGAGAUCACGUUCAAGGGAUGCACAGCAAACGUGACCAUGACCCGCUGCGAGGGUGUCUGUGCUUCCUCUGCCAGUUUCAACAUCGACACCCAGGAGGUGGACGUCCACUGCGGCUGCUGCCACCCCCUCAGCUCCUACACGCGGCAGCUCGAGCUGCCCUGCCCAGACCCCAGUGCACCCAGCGAGCGGCUCGUGCUCACCCUGCAGGUGUUCAGCAGCUGUGGGUGUAGCCCCCAGGGCUGCAGGGACUAG